AUGCCUCCCCGCCACGGGUCCAUCACUCUUGCGGACAUGGAUCCUCUCUGUGCGGACGGGCGUGCGGGACAGCGGCGUGCCCAGUCACCAUCCUUGGAGCAGCUCAAAGAUCAGAUUUCCGAUGUGCUCUCUAACGCACAUGGCCCAAGCGCUUUUGCUUGUGGCGGUGCCUUGGAGAACGCGCAAAAUCCAGGACUCUAUCUAGAGGACCACGGCAUGAUCGGAUUGCCGCUUUCUCAACAUGAUGCGCAGACCAUCAUCUCAAAGUCCCAGCAAAGUCCAUUCGGCAAGGGCUCGCAGACCAUCGUCGACACCUCGAUCCGAAAGUCAUGGCAGCUCGACCCGGCUCAAUUUACCAUCCGUAACCCCCAGUGGCAGCAAGCAAUCGACAACGUCGCUAGAAAGAUCCAUCGCGAACUCGCACUUGAUAUCGAGCCCGACAACUUUUCUGCAGAGCUGUACAAGCUGCUCUUGUACGAGCCAGGUGCUUUCUUCAAGCCGCACAAAGACAGUGAAAAGGCUCCCGGCAUGUUCGGAACCUUGGCCAUCUGCCUGCCCUCUGCUCACGAAGGUGGUGAGCUUAUCCUGACUUUCAAUGGAGAAACCAAAUCAAUCGAGACGGCGCCAAACUCUGGAUUUGCCAUGUCGUACGCCGCUUGGUAUGCCGACGUCCUUCACGAAGUCAAGCCGGUGACCGCCGGAUAUCGACUGGUCCUAACGUACAAUCUGAUACGUCACGGCGCCCCUCAAGGAGGGCAGGUGACGCCCGCUAAAUCGUUCGAGGAGAAGUAUAACUUGAUCGCUGCGUUGACCAAAUACAAUGAGUAUCUCCAACAAUUUGAUGACUUGCCCAACUUUCUCGUGUACCGGUUGCAGCAUCAGUACACCCAGGCGAGCCUUCGGGCGGACCUGUUGAAAGGCGCAGAUCUUGGCCAAUUACAAUGCUUGAAGCAGGUCGCAGACGAACUCGGCUUCGAACUGUACCUCGCUAACAUGGAGAAAGAAAUUACAAAGACUGAUGAUGGUUAUGAUGAUCGUCGCUAUGGUUACUAUGACGACGAGGAGGAGGAUGAGCAGGAUGAUGAGGAGGAGGAGGAGAGAGAGGAGGGAGAGGAGGAGGAGGAAGAGAUUAGUCGCUCGAUCACUUUGACAUACAUAGCCGACCUGGCCGGCUCACGAAUGGACCACCCAGUCAAUUUUGCAGAGCGAGGACUUGAAGUGGAUGAAGAAAACAUUGUGGACUCCACGGAUGAAGACGAGGAGGAGCCGGACGACGAAGAGCACUCUGGAUACACGGGCAAUGAGGGGUGUACUGCGACUUUUCGGUAUCGCAAUACCGUCAUGGUCAUCGUGCCGCCAGCCAGAAAGGUCGAAUUUUUGUAUGAAUGUGACAGGCGAAAUCUUCGAGUGACUGCUUUAUUGAGGGACCUCCGUCAAAAAGCUGAAAAUGACCCCCAGGCUAACGAAGAUCUAAUGAAAGUCUGUGAACUCGUGCUGGCCAACAAGAAUGAAAAUCGCUACUGGCGGCGAGACCAAGAGAGUGCGCAUAUCCUCAUACAGGAAGCUAUUGCGUCCGCGGUACAGUGCGACCGGUUUGACCUUUACGACGGAUUAAUCCAGGGCAUCAAUGACUCACAAUCACGAGAAGUCUUUCGGCUGCUCGGCCGCCAUUUGGGCCGCGAAGUCCGUCCUGAGAUUGCGCAAAGGAUCGAGGCUGCAUUGGGCCUGGCUAGCACUCUGAUUCAGAAGCAUGAAUACCUGAUGAUCGUUGGCGAAGGUGUACAGUCCAAUUUGCGCUCCGACGAGAUGCUCCCCGUACAGUACAGUGUCUGGGCUCAACAGGUGUUGGUCAGGCAGCUUGUGGCAGCUGCGGAUGCCCAGAAGCUGUCAAAAGCAGAUGGCGCGGCGCUCGUCAACAUCAUUGGAGAGUGGACUGCGAAGGACGUCCGAGAGCACAUCAUUCCGGCCAUUGCGAAGUGCGGUACUGCAUUCCAGGUAGCUUUCGCAAAUUGCCUUGUUGCGCGAGUCGACGACGUUGAGACAACAACCGAGUUGGAUGAAGCAAGCCUCCUAACCUUCAGCCCUCAGGCCUGUCUGAGCGUCAGCAGAGCCGUGUACACAAACAUUUGGAUGUCUUUUGAGCUCGAGUCCCUUCCGGAAGCCCCGAUCGCAACCACUAGGGCCCCCGGAGGUAUCUACGGAAUGUAUGGCACUCCCCCUCGGGUCCCUCCAGCCCCAAGGCCUGAAGAACGCCUCCUCGGGGGAAGCGAGCUUGCCCGCUCGCUGAGACAUACUUCAUCUCUAGGCGUGCUGACCGAUUCGGAGAUGAAGUCUCGUCUCCGUUCCGCCGUCGGAGCAGCGGACCGCGAGGCCUGCAUCCACACUCUGCUUCCUUUCGUGAAGCUGGUCUUGCAGCAACAGGUUGAGUCUCUGAAGCUAGACCCAGAAAGCAACCGAGCCUCCGACGAGGACAAGAAUCUGGUGACGGCCAUGCUCGUACGUUUUAUCGUGGCCGGCGUCGGCCGCGAGCCCGCCGCUCCAGGCACGUGGAGCCAGCGCACGGGUGGGUGCCGGUCAUCUUCCUGCUCUGACUGUUCCUCGGUCAACGCGUUCCUGGCCGCUCCGGACCGCAUAGUCGGCAAAUUCCCCGUCGGCAAGGCCCGACGUCACCACCUGCAUAGCUUUUUCGCCGACAAAGCAGGCGCCAACUACUCGGUCACGACACUUCGGAACUCGAAUCCCAAUGUCUGGCAGAUCACAAAGAAUCCGAGCAAGGCCCAGGUCGACCACGACACAUGGAAGACGAGGAAAGCCGAGGCCCAGAAGAUGAUAUCACAGCUCGUCAAGACCGGCCGCUUCCACAUGUAUGUCCUGCAUGGUGCUGCCCUUGGCAUCAUCGAUGCCGACGUCACCAUGUUGAAGUUACCACCUGGCCCUGGCGAGCAAAUUCCCGCCGGGGUAUUACCUCUGCAACCAUCCAGCGCGAACGUCCCUUCGACUAGUCGUUUUAAGAGGCCUGCUCUCGAAGACCCAGAUCCGGAGCAAGAGGAACGGUCCAAGAAAGCGAAAGCAAAGCCCACGACGAGCGGGACGGAGUCACUAAGGCCAAGGCAUGGGCUCGUCGAGGUCAUAGAUUUGACAUGA